CUUGCGCGACGAGAACCGAAAACGGUAGGGUAGGUACGUGGGGAUGGUACAAAAUAAACGUAAAAUAACAAUCGGUUGGCUAAUUAAUGCCAUUUCAACUCUCGCUUGUACUGAUCUCAACGUUGCAUUCCCCCAUCGAUUGAAAAGGAUUCGAACCAAACAUCACGGUCCAAUUCCAUCCCAACCCAACUCUAACGCAAACAACAGAUUCACAAAGUAACCAUGUUCUCCAAGACCGUAAGCAAGCUCCUGCUGCCGAGUCUCGAGCGAGACCUGACCAAGGCCGUGGGCGCCGAGCUCGCCUCGGCCUCGAAGAUGACGGAUUGUUUCCUCUCUCCGGCCGUCUACGGAUAUGAGCGCAGCAAGCCGGGUCCCGGCUUGGGGCACGCGACCCCCGCGGUGGAGCAACGCGGUUUCGUCGAAAAGAUCCACUACAAGCCCCCCGAGCAGGGGCUCUUCCGAUAGGGUGAAACGGUGUGUCUUGCGUGUGGAUCGAUCGAGACGUUCGCUCCUCAGUGGUGUAUUGCAUUUCGGUAUUGGUAGGGUAAACGAGGGAAGUUAUAGCUUAGCAUUWGAGCGACGGGGUUGGGCAAACAAAUUGAACGCAAAGGA